AUGAACGUGACUAGAGGCCAAGCAGCCUGCAUGUUCUUUCAGCAAGAAUAUAACCUGGAGAACGAAAAGAAGCUUUUGGACAAGAUAGACAGCAUUGGCGAUGUCGACAUUUGCUUCAUGAAAGAUCCUACCGAGCCGUUCCUGCUUUACAUCCCCAAAAUCCACAGCUCAACCCCACAGGUCGUCCACUUCUUGAACGAAGUAUUUCUGUCGUACAAUCCCUACAACGAUGUAGUAUAUGAGUAUCGCAAGUACUCAAAUGAUAUGAUCUUAGAAGUGGCCCAUCGACACACAGCCAUGUUCGAUAACAAAAACGCGGUAGGGUUUGGCAAAUGGUGUUCGACCCAAGGAAUCCAUUUCUUCAAGGGGGACUGGCCAUAG